UAGCUGUUGUUUGUCAAAAUAUGCAAAAUGUUAUUUGCAUACAAUAAAAUGUAAAACUCUUUAUUUAGUUUCUGGAGUACGUCAGUGUUUUUACUGAAAAAUAAUCGUUAUAUAGUGUGGUAGAUGUGUUAGUCGAAAAAUGUUAUCCCGGUUUCAUCAUUACCAUGGUUCAAAUAUCAUUUUAUUUGAAGAAAAUACGGUGGCUUACCGCAAAACCAGUUUUGCGCAUGGCUUGACUUUCAGUGAAAAACCUUUGUUGCCUGGUGAAAUAUUCCUGGUUGAAAUUGAAAAGACAGAGCGUGGCUGGAGCGGUCAUAUGCGACUUGGUCUUACACUGCUCGAUCCACAGACGGCUGCUCUCGGCGACAAAGGUCUCCCGCAAUAUGCUCUCCCCGAUCUCGCCAAUACGGGUAUGUCAUGGAUUUUCCCAAUAUCAAAAUCCCAAAACAAUGUAAUUAGUACCUUCGAACUUGUUAAUCAGGGCACUAGUAGUCGUCGUGAUAACGAAACGAGACUAUCUAUACUUGGAGACGGACAUAGCGUGCGAACUCCUAGAGGAUAUAUUUCUAAAAUGAUACUUAGGCCACAAAACCUUACCCAAAAAGGUACACCUCAGGGUAUUUUGCCAAUGGACGCAGGAAGUCGAAUUGGCGUAAUGUUCGUCCCUUGCCCUAAAACUAGUAAGGAUGAACCAGAUUUAGCAGAAAUGCAUUUCAUAAUUAAUGGUGAAGAACAAGGCCCCUGCACAAAAACUAUACCUUAUACAAGUGGGCCACUUCAUGCAGUUGUUGAUGUUUAUGGAACUACAAAACAAGUGAAGAUAAUACAACUCUAUGGAGUGAAAACUCUCCAAAAUGUGUGUCGAGAUGCUAUUCUCCAGUAUGUGAAAAAUGGUUCAGUAAAAUCCCUACCCUUGCCACAGUGUUUGAAAGAUUAUUUACUUUCAUAGGAUUUUUAAAUAAGGAACAUUAUAUUGUGAUGACAAUAAGGCUGUUUAAAAGUUUUAUAUUCCAUUGGAACAAGUAUUUAAGUGUUUUUAAAUAUUAAAAAGAAUUGAAUCAACUUAAUUUAUGAUUGCUUAUUUGAAUUCAAUUUUUUCAUAAAAUGAAUUAUAAAGUCAUUGGUUUAUAAAUAAAUAACAUAAUUUUAUUAGGAUCAUCAAAU